CACACGCAUCCGCACUGGAUUGACUGACAUUCAAGAUCAUUCGGAUCAAGACCAACAGAGCCCCACGAUGGAGAGGCCGAAGAAACAGAAGAAACAGCGGCGCUCAGGCACCGUUGGCAGGCGCCUGUGGGCUCGCCUGACCCGCCGCUGGAGGUUGCUGGGUCUUUUCGAGAUCGGUGAGGAUCAUGAGUUUUACAACCUGACCGUCAUGAUGAAAGAUGGCCUCUCCGCAGCGCUAGAGUCCGCCGUUGACCAGCCCGCACAGACUGAGCUGACCGUAGAUGACUAUAACAAGGAAGAGUGUCAGGUGCAUGAGGGGUUUGAGAUGCAGACGUUUGCGGGCCCUGUGUUUGUCAGUCUGCGGCGAGCGCUUGACAUCUGCGAGCGAGGCUACCAAACGUCCCUCUCUACCGAUGGCUACCUGCAGUUCAUCAGCAACUCCAAGAGCAAGGCCGACUUCUACCUCACGAAUGAUAAAUGUUACUUCCUGAAGACCCAGAAUAAACGUGAGGUCAACUUCCUCCUGUCUAACUUGAAGAAAUACAUGGAGCAUCUAGACAAGUAUCCCCACUCACUGAUGGUGCGGUUCCUGGGUGUGCACCGCAUCAUCAUUCAUGGUGACGUAAAGAAAUAUUUCAUUGUGAUGCAGAGCGUCUUCUAUCCCGACGAGAGGAUAACAGCCAGAUAUGACGUGAAGGGCUGUGAGGUGGGACGCUGGACCAACCCCCCCGCUGAAGACACACAGCGCAUUGUGGUACUGAAGGACAUGAACUUUGAGGGACAACACAUCAACCUGGGCGAGCACCGGUCCUGGCUGGUCCGUCAGGUGCAGCUGGACUCUGAGUUCCUGCGCAGCCUAAAUGUUCUGGACUACAGCAUCCUGUUGGCCCAUCAGCCCCUGCAUCUGGACGAGAUCGACCAGAACCACGACCUCGCGACCCUUGUCCUCCGGACCACCAUAUCUGUGGAUAUAGAAACAGACCCUACUGAGCAGGAGCCUCUAAAGAUCCCUGCUACUUUGGUGGAGGAGGACUCAGCCCUGCUGCAGUCGGACCAAUCAAGGGGCCAGGCCCAUGCCCUUGCAGAGGAUCCAGUCACCGGAACCCCCCUACAGGAACUUCCCCACCGGCACUCCACAGAACUCCAGGAGUUCCAUGACCAGAACCGCAGGCUUCUGCCGGAGUUCAAGAACCCAGUGCACGUCAUCGAUGGUCCCGAGCUGCGCUACUUUGUGGGCGUGGUGGACAUUUUCACUGUGUACGGACUGAAGAAGAGGCUGGAGAACCUGUGGAAGAGAAUCCGGUUCCCCGGCAGGGCGUUCUCCACCGUCAGCCCAACGGCGUACGCUCAGAGGUUCUCCCAGUGGGCGCAGAACCACACCAAGUAGCCAAGAAGAGAACACAAACAGGAAGCCAUGGGAAAGGGAGUGUGAUGUGUGAGAGCAGUUGAGAGAAAGAUAGAAGCACUUAUAGAAAAGCAGGACGAUGGGCAGAUAGAGGGUUAUGGCAGAUAGGUGGCAAUUAGAUAGAGAAAUGAAAAAUACUGCAAUUUAGUAGAGCAGCUGACAGAAAGAUAGAAUCAAUUAAAGAAUUAGGAAGAUAGGCACAUCAUAAUUAGAUAGAAAAAAUGAAAAACAAAAGUACUGCAAUUUACCAAAUACUGUAUAGUUUUCAAGGAUAAACAUGAUGUGCCUAUGGUUUUGUAGGCACAUUGACAGAUAUACUGUAAGUGGCGAAUGUCAACUCUUCUCAAGUCUUAAUGCUUUGUUGAGUAACUGGAAUGGCCACUGUUGUGUAAUGGAAUAUAUAGUCUAAGCUCACCAUGUUUACAAUUUUAUAUGGGAGGCUAUUUUGUGUGAAGAAAACAGAUAUGGAAACUGAUUAAUAUUUUAUUUUACGGUGCUGUUUUUCAUAAAUAAAGGUAAGCUACACAUAAUAAAAGAUAAAUAAAUAAAUAGGCUAAAUAAAUAAGAAAGAAAGAAAAAAAGAAAGAAGUGCCUGCAAUAGGCCAGCUCAAAGAUAGCAUUGUAAAAGCUAUAGGGCAAUUCCAUGUAAAGGUCAUCCUUACCAUGGAAAAAAAAGUUGUGCAUACGCAAAUAGAACUGUUGUUAAAAUCUUCA